AGCCGGAAGCAGGGAAAUAACCUUGGAAGAAGAAAACGCAGUGGACUGUUUCUGUCUGGGACCAGAUCACAGCAUUUAAGACAGAUUAUAAUUAGUGUUGGAACCAGCUUUUUUUUAUGGCUGUUAAGACAUCUUGCAAUUUUUUUUGCGCAUUUUCGUGCUUUGAAUUAGGACACACUGGCUCAGGUGUAUUGGUAGUACAAUUAAGAACCCAAUGUUAGGGGUUAGAGUGCGCAUUGAUUAAUCUCAUUUAUUGUGUCAGAGCACAAAGCCUUGUCUGAUUCAUCUAGAGCGCCCGCCCAUUGGGCUUUCUGCGGAGCGAUAGUGGGAGAUUGAUUAUAGUCUCCGGGAUUUGCCGUGGAGAAAGCCAGAGCCAGAUAGGAUUUGCUCUCCCAUCAACGAAGGGGAGGAAAAUCAUAGCAAGGACUUAUUCCAGCUUGCCUCCACACCGGCAGCACUCUCUCCGAUCCCCUGUGUACACAUUUUAGCCUCUUGUCUAGUCAGGUUGUGCAAAUACGCACAAGUCACGCUGGACUUUCGUCUUUUAUUUCCGAGGGGGCUGCGCGUGUGAAUCGCCUCCGCAGUCUCGGAUGCGUAGUAAACCGGGAGUGGGUUGGGUCGCCCAGGCGCCUGCCAUACGCACAAGCCGUCAGUGAUAAAAAGGAAGAUAGGUGAGGGGGAAGCUUCACCCCAGCUUUUUUCCCCUUUUUAAAUCAGGAGGACACCGGAGAGGUGAGUCGGACGCUGGCAACCCGACGGACUAACUGGUUGUGGAUUUGACUCUCAGGACAAGCCCCAGCCGUGUUUGUCACCCGGGAUUCGUAGAUCUUAUUUACGAUUCAGGACCAGCGGUUAACCACACUGUCAAACCCGACCAGACACCCCCUUCCUCAUCUGAAGGGAAUAUUACAAGUGGAUCUGCGGGGCAACAAACAAUGGCAACCGGUGCGCUCCUUUUUGCCUGUGCGCUGCUUGCUGGUGUUGCCGUGGCUCAGAGAGUUGUAACGGUGCAAAGUGGACCGCUGGUACGGACUGAGGGCUCUCACGUGACCAUCUUGUGCAACGUGACGGGCUACAAAGAGGGAAUGGAGCAGGACUUUGAGUGGUCCAUGUACCUGCCAUCAGUAGCAGACAGGGAGAUCCGCAUCGUAAGCACGGCUCAGCCAAACUAUGCCUACGCCGUGUAUGCCCAGAGGGUCGACAGUAAAGAGAUCACUGUGGAGAGGCUGAGCAGUGACUCAGCUAUGCUCCACAUCACCAAAGUGCAGGCCAACGACCAGGGUCUGUUUGAGUGUUACACACCUAACACAGAUGGGCGGUACCUGGGAUCCUACAGCGCACGCACCAACCUCACUGUUAUCGCGGACUCGUUGACAGUAGUAGCUCCCGCCCAGACUCUGUCCAAGGUGGAAGGCGACACGCUGCAGCUAACCUGUGAGGUAUCUCGGACCACUCUGCAGCACACUCACUUAUCAGUGGGCUGGUACCUGCGCUCCCCAGAGGACGCGGCAUCCCCUCCCCAGGAGCUGGUCACCCUGUCGAGGGACUUUGUCCUGCGCUCCGGGGGCCCGUACCGGCAGAGGAUGGCGGCAGGGGACCUCAGGCUGGACAAAACCAGUGCCACUUCCUACAGGCUGACUAUUCACAAGCUGCAGCCAGUGGACCAGGGCCUGCUGUACUGCCAGGCUGUUGAGUGGAUUCAGGACACAGAUGGCAGCUGGUUUGCCAUGACCAGAAAGCAGAGCGAGAAGACUCAGCUCCGCAUUCAGCCCACUGAUCGGGACUUUAGCAUCCAGGUGAGCACGGACCGUCGGUCCUUUACGGCCGGUGAGCCGCUGGAGCUUCGCUGCACCAUUGAGGCCCAAAACGUCCCAGAGCGCUUCUUCUCGGUGUCGUGGGUCUUCAGCAGCUCACCGGUGGCCGUGGUGGGCCCCAGUGCUGUGCCUGUCCUGGGCCCCGAUUACGUAGCCCGCGAGGCUGCUGGCCAUAUGACAGUGCGCAAAGAAAGCACCAACGUGCACUUGCUCAAACUGCAGCACCUACGCCCAGAAGAUGCUGGCAAGUAUAUCUGCCGGGUGACAGAGCGGGAGAAGACGCCCACGGGAGACUUCAUCGACCGCAGCAAGAGGUCUCGCAAUGUCCAGAUCACAGUCCAGCCGCUCAAGAGCAACAUCACAGUGUCUCUGUCCAGCAACUCUACUGAGGUCAUAGAGGGUGAUGUGAUCCACUUUUCCUGCUCGGUCUACACCACUACAGGCCCUCUGUCUGUUGUCUGGCAGUGGACAGACAAGCAGGCAGCUGGACCGGGCCUGGAGGUGGCUACGAUCGAUCGGGAAGGCACUGUAUGGCACAGUGCAUCCUACAGAGAGCGCUCCAGCUAUGGGGAGAUACGGGUGGAGAAGGUGCGGGCCGACACAUUCUCUCUGUCCCUGUAUAAUGCCUUACCUGGGGAUGAGGGUCAGUACAGCUGCACAGCCACUGAGUGGCUCCAGGCCGGCACUGAACCAGAGCUCAGCUGGGAGAAGAUAGGAGAGAGAUCGGACACCAAGACGGUCACAGUCAAGACUGUUGAGUCUUCCUUCAUGGUGUCAGCUUCAUCGCGGACGCCAUCCGUUAACUUCGGAGACUCGUUUGACCUCCUGUGCCUGGUGAAGCCCCGUCACAACCCUCGUGUCCCCACAUCUGUCACCUGGCGCUUCAUGCCUGCUGGCUCCGAAGCUGGCGACGAGGGUGAUGGAGAGUUCAAAGACCUGGUGACAUUCACCCGCGAGGGCACUCUGCAGUGGGGGGAGCAGCUGCUGGGGCUUGGUACUCGCACCACAGUGGACCGAUCCCACUCCAAUACCAACUUCCGAUUGUCAGUGACCCGGGCAGGGCGUCGCGAGGCGGGCAAGUACCAGUGCUCCGCCGUCCUGUGGAGGAAGAACUACGACAACAGCUGGAGCAAAGUAGCCAACCGCACUUCCAACCUGCUUGGCAUCAGCGUCCUACAGCCAGAGAGCAAGCUGCGAAUGCUAAAGACCAACCAGUCUCAGGCGUACCUGGAGGACAGUCGAGUCAGGAUCAAUUGCUCCAUCAGCUCCCAGACCAGCCAGGAGUCCCAGCAUGCUGUGUUCUGGUACGUGAGGCGCCCCACCGGGUCAGAAGCCGACGAGCUCCUGCUGAGAAUUGAACGCUCGGGGGCCUUUGAGUACGGCGCCUACGCAGACGAGGAGAGGCUGCGACGCAGAGUGCAGGCCGAGCGGCUGUCCCCCCGUCUCUAUGGGCUGACGCUGAACAGGGCAGAGAACAGCGACUCUGGGACGUACUACUGCCUGGUGGAAGAGUGGCUGAGUGACCCCGAUGGAGCCUGGUACCGACUCUCCCGGGAGUCCUCUGGGUUCACACAAGUUCUGGUCAGACAGCCAGAGAUUCGACUGCAGGUGGAGGAACUGGAGUCAAACGUGACUGUGGAGGAGUCGGCCUCUAUCCGACUGGGCUGUAGCAUUCCCUCACAGUCGUCCCGAGAAUCCCGCUUCUCUGUGUCCUGGUAUGUUGAGCGCUCCGAUGACGAGGACAAUGAACCGGGUGACGAAGAGAGAGAGUGUGUGUUCUCCAUCGGCCAUGAUGCAGUUUUUGGAAAUGGAAACUGCAGCCCCAGAGAGGAGUCAGGUCCAAAUUCCCGACUGCAGUUUGAGAGGACGACUUCUGACCAGUACAGCCUCACCAUUCAAGGAGCCCGGCCGACAGACGCAGGCCAAUACUACUGCCAUGUGGAGGAGUGGCUGCUCAACCCCCGCAAAGCGUGGUACCGCCUGGCCACCAACAACUCUGGGCUCACUAUUGUCAAUGUAAUACAACAAGUGUCCACCCUCCAGUCAGUGGUUUGCUCCAACGACUCGCUCUUCUACUUCGUCUUCUUUUACCCCUUCCCAAUCUUCGGCAUCCUCCUCAUCGCUGUGCUGCUGGUGCGCUUCAAGAGCCGCGGCCACAGCAAGAGCCAAGAGGGCAAGAAUGGCGCCCCCCUCCUGUGGAUUAAAGAACCUCACCUCAGUUACUCCCCCACCUGUCUUGACCCACCCCUCAGCCUGCACCCUGGCUCUGUUGAUUAAGGACACCCCCCCCACCUCGCGAACAUCGCGGAUCCAGCCAACACAAUGCCAGGGAGCAGAUCUGGACUCCACCUUCAGACCUUACUGUCGUUCACUGCUGUCUUGAAUUAGUCAAUCAGUUGAUCACUUUAAAAAUCCUUACCCUGGUGGCUGCCUGUUUUACGUUAACAAUUGUGUGUUUCUGUUUGUUUGUUUGUUUGAUUUUUUUUUAUUGUGUGUGUGUGUGUGUGUGUGUGUG